CUCGUCACAUGACAACACAACAACAAAGAUGUCUGCUCUGCAGCUCGGUCUGCUAACAGUCUAACAGUUAACCAAGCCAGCGGCUGCUGUUUGAGAGAAUUACUGCGAUUUCUGUAGCUGUACUUUAAGAUUUAUACUCGAAGAUCCUGCUUGAGGUGAGCUAGGAAGCCAGCCAGUUUCAGUAUGGAUCCGACUGCCUCUGGCAUUUUCUGCAACAGAAUGCUGAGCAUGGUCAACUCGGAGGAUGUAAACGCCAUCAUUCAAGCCCAGAGACACAUGUUGGACCGCUUUGAAAAGACCAACGAGAUGCUCAUUAACUUUAAUGGCUUGUCCAAUGUGCGACUGCAACAGAUGAACGAUCGCUUUCUGCUCCAUACACGCACUUUAGUUGAGAUGAAAAAGGACUUGGACAGUAUUUUCCGUCGAAUAAGGACAUUGAAAGGCAAGAUUGCUAAGCAGUAUCCUGAGGCUUUCAGCAACAUUCAUGAGUCUCCCAGUCUGGAGGAUGAUGACGAUGAGUUUGACCCCAUUCCUCCCAGUGUGGCCACCACCGCCACCACAACGGAACAGAGCACAGAGUCGUGUGAUACAAGCCCUGAUGUUAUAUCGCCGACCAUUAGCCGCUGCUCAGAGGAGCUCUCCCAGGAGAAUCCCGACACACCCACGUCUAACAGCCCCGAAAGGGCAGUGCUGCUGGAUGAGGGGCCAGAUUCAGCUGAGAUCUAGAGUCUUUUUGUAGACAUUGCAGAUACUGUAGUACCUCAAGUUAUUAGCUAACUAAGUAGGCUGUGUUGCCUGAAAAUGGUACAGUGCUUGCCAAAUGUGCUUUUAUGCAGUUAUUUAAAUUAGGAUUUGAAGUGAAUGACACGUCUUGGUCACUUUUUAUUUUUCAUAUUUUUUAUGUGUUAGUGGGCAAUGCUGUUACACAGUGUAUGUGUUUUACCAUAUCAGAAUGCGAGAUUAUUUAUUUUUACCUCACAUGAAAGUAGCAUAACCUGCCCCAUAUUACUUCAAAUACAUUCUUUUAAGCUCUAAUCCAGCACAUAUUAAUCCUUGCAUCUGUGACUGAAAACAUAUGGGAAAUGUGGGGCAUAUUGUAACAUCAUCAGUCUGUUAAAACAUGUUUGUUGAGAUUUUACUGAUAACUUUGAUGAUAACUUUGAUGAUGAACAUGUUCUGUGAUGAAGAAAUGUUUCUAUGUUUGUACCAAAAAUAUAAUCAUGCCCAUGUAGAGGUACCCAUUCAGUAUCCAUUCGCAGGUAAUUGAGCUACCAUUAAUACAGUUUCCCAAAAUUAUCAUACUGUUCCAAUUAUCAGUGCUUGAGAGAGUGCUCAAAGUGAAAAUGAGACAAUAACUCUGAAGUGGUAAUUGUCCUCUGUGAAGCUUUUGGGAAAUUAAGCAGCCUUUAAUUAAGGUUGAUCUUGAACUGAACUUGAUUUUGAUCCCUUGCAAACAUUCAUACGGGAACAUUGGGCAUCUAUAAUGAACCCUGUAGGAUUACUGUAGAACUACAGGACUCCUACAGGUCAUGUUUGUAAGGGAUGGUCUGCCUCUAUACUGAAACUCACAAGAUGAUAUACUGUAAACGUUGCAUUGUUUAUGCUUCCUAAGCAUUUUAUUUUAUUAAACUCCCAAAACUGUGUAUUA